AUGUACAAGAUCAGCCAAACCAUACUGCUUCACUGGAAUGAGCAAGAAAAUUGGCCAACGGAUGAAGAACUCUUUGAGUUGAUAUCAACCAUAAUCACAGAUCUGCUAUGUGCUUGCUUUACCAACUUGCCACAUGUCAUAACCAUGAAGUGUCAUGAUGAUGCAAUAGAGAAAAGGGAAGAUAGCAACAGAACCGCAGCUCAGCUUGUUGGUAGAUCCAAAAAGAUCCUGAAAAUGCUUAAAAAACGUCAACUUCCCAACUUAGACAUGGAAUCGAUGAGGGUACAUUGA